AUGACAGCUUCAAUUCACUGCUUGACUCUUCCUUGCAAGCCAAGGAAUCUAUCUCUUGCCACCAACCCUUCUCUCUUUUCUCAGCUAAAGCUUGCAACUUUCAGGCCUCUCAGUUUUUCCUCUAACCUCGUUCUCAGUCUCUUCUUUAAAGCUCAGAAAGAGAAUUAUGGGUCUUUGAUGUUAAAGGUUGUUGCUUUUUGGGGAAACCAAAAAACCCUUAACACUUCAUGUUGGCUGUCAAGGAACACUAUUGAGAGGCCAAUUCGUCAGUCUGUUGUUUGCAUGGCUAGAAGAUAUGGUGCCGACACUAGGAAGAGAAAGGACUCUGUUCUCAAAAUCAGCAUGAACAAGAGUGGUUUAGCUGACUUCCAUUUUGAGCCUGAGGUUAUGGCUCAAAUGCUUCUUCAGUUCGGUGGUGUACAAACUAAGAGUGGCCCCUCCACUAUUUGGUUAUUCCCCUCGGUGCUAACCUGUGUCCCAGCUUUAGAAUCUAGUUGUUGUUGCUGCUCCUACGAAAUGAGAGGUAUUUUUUGUGGUCUAGAGGAAUUGAGUUUAAAAGGUAUUCAUCGUGCUCCUACCUUUAAUUUCAACAAUCCCAAAGUGAUACAGAGCAGAAGAAAGGGCGGCGACCGAGAGAAGAAGAAGAAGCGUAGAAGGAAGGCAGCCAGGAAGAAUAAGGAUAGCUUCAAAAUUGUCAGGCUUGUCUCUGCAGCAGGAACUGGAUAUGUUUACGCCAAGAGGAAAGGAAAGAAGAGUGAGAAGCUUGAGAUCAAGAAAUAUGACCCUGAUGUCAAGCAUCAUGUUAUCUUUAAAGAAUCGAAAUGA